AUGGGUUGCUGUGGCUGUGGAGGCGGUGGCUGUGGCGGCUGCGGCGGCUGUGGUGGCUGUGGUGGCUGCGGUGGCUGCGGUGGCUGCGGUGGCUGCGGUGGCUGCGGUGGCUGCGGUGGCUGCGGUGGCUGUGGUAGCUGUACCACCUGUACCUGCCGCCGUGUAGGCUGCUGCUCUGCCUGCUGCCCCUGCUGCUGUGGCUGCUGUGGAGGCUGCUGCAGCCCCACCGUUGUCUGCUGCCGGCGCACCUGCUGCUCUGGCUCCUGUGGUUCCUGUGGCUGUGGCUCUUGUGGCUGUGGCAAGGGUUGUGGCUGUGGCAAGGGCUGCUGCCAACAGAAACGCUGUUGCCAACAGUGCUGUUGUAAGAAGCAAUGCUGCUGCUAG